AUGGUGGACUUUAUUCAAACCAUGGAACCUAUGAACAAACGGACUCAGAGGCCUAAGUACAAAUUCAUUCAUCACUUAGCAUCAGGAAAUUGUGGGUUGAGCGCGUCAAUUACCCCUGCUACGAUACCAAGCAAGUAUCAAACUGUGAGGUUUGAAAUUCCUGAGAGGAAGGGGUUUGGUUCUCAAACAAGAAGGUUUGACGAUGAUUCCCAGAGUGAAAACCCAGGACCGGGUUCCUAUGAUUACAUUCAUAAAUCAAUCGAAACUUUCAGCACCUCAGUCUCCAAAAGAGGAAUGGGGGGACUUGCAGCCAAAGCAUCCCGUCAAGGACGGAAAAGCAUUUCUCAGACACCAGGAGCAAAUGCAUACAAUAUUCCAUCUCGAUUUUUAUCGAAGGUCGAUUAUCAUCAGGGGAACAGCAGUAUGUUCCAGCGUCCCAUUGCUUUGAAAGUGGAUGAUCUCAAAAAUGUUACACCAGGUCCCAAUGAGUAUAACGUUUCUAAUGUUUAUCUUGGGAAAACUAACAAUGCCUCUGCUGAAUCAGCAUUUUUAUCACGAACCAGACGAGACCUGAUUCCACCAGGCAAACUGAAAGGACCCUCCCCAUGUCAAUACAAAGUCAACCAUUCUCUGACAAAGGAGUCACCAAAAUCCAUAGUCUCUUCUUUUAGAUCCAAGACAAUCCGCCUGAAAUAUCCAAAGGACUCAAACCCAGGACCAGCAACUUAUCAACCCUAUAAAUCGAUGGGACAGGAACAGGUGCAAUAUGCACAUUUGCAUCCGUGGAAGAAACAUUAUAUGUGCAUUUCUGCUCCUCCCUUCCCAGUACGCAAAAACCCGACUCCUCCUGGUCCAGGAUAUUAUGACAUUGUUGAUUUUCAUGAUCCACCCAAGCACUAUAUGUCCAAUGCUGUAUUUGUAUCUAACACUAGCCGAUGGACUGGGAACGCUCAAAACAAAGAUGCCCCUGGGCCAGCCUCCUAUGCACCAAAGAAAAGUGGAAAACAGUCUUUCCUGUACAACACUGAUAACAAAUGGGUGCCAUCAUAGAUAUUGAGGGAGAAACAAGCAAGGACUGAUGCACUUUUCAUUGAUUUCACUUCAAAUCAGCUUAUCAGAUGCAAGCUGUGCUUUGGUGGCAUUGGACAUGAGCAUGGAGUCAUCAUGGAUUUAAACAUAAUUCUACUACUGAAAAAUAUGAUCAAGUAUUUGAAUUUAUCAUUAAUCUUCGGUUGGAGACAGUUUCAGUUGCAUGUAUUAUCUAUCUUAUGAUAGAUCUCAUUCCUAAUCAAGUCUAAACAUUUUUAGAAAAGAAAAACAACAUUAUUGCUUUCUCCAGGAAUCAGUUGUUAUGCCAAACCUGCUAAUGAGUCAGUUUUCAUGUGAACUUAU